UACGGGUAGACUAAGAAAACAAGGGCAAAAUGCAAAAGUAAAUAUCCGUGUAAAAAUACAGCACCGGUGUUCCUGUUGUACAGGACGGGAUUAUUAGAGAGACCAGCUUUUGUUUCUGAUAUUUUAACUGUAAAGUUUUUUAUUUAUAUUAGAUUUAUUUGACAAGACAGUGUAGAAAUGAAAUUACUGUUCCUAGCUUGCCUCAGUCCUAAAACUGGGAACUGUACCACUGCGGAGAGGAUAAGGUGUUCUAUGGAGUUGAGGUCAGGACUCUGUGCAGGACAGUCAAGUUCCUCCACACCAAACUCACUCAUCCAUGUCUUUAUGGACCUUGCUUUGGUCACUGGUGUGCAGUCAUGUUGGAACAGGAAGGGGUCAUCCCCAAACUGUUCCCACAAAGAGCAUGAAAUUGUCCAAAAUGUCUUGGUAUGAAGCUGAAGCAUUAAGAGUUCCUUUCACUGGAACUAAGGGGCCGAGUCCAACCCCUGAAAAACAACACCUGAAUUCAAUGAUCUGGAGGGGUGUCCCAAUACUUUUGAGAUCAUAUCGAGAGCGCAGGUCAUGUCUGUGUGCUUCGGGACACCAGAGACUUCGACUCGGCUUCUGAGGUAAAGCUGCUGAUGAGCCAAGGUCCAGAACGGUUUGACGCGGCGCUGGCGAUCCAUCUGUUUAAAGGAGGAAGACUUCUCUUAGAUGUGGGACUGCCUUUCGGAGUGAUCUUCGGAGGGACGGACAUCAACGAGGACGUGAAGGACGAACACAAGCGAAGUGUCAUGGAGGAAGUUCUGCACAGAGCCAGGUUUGCCGUAGCGUUCACAGAGGAGAUGAAGCACAAAGCCGAGACUUACUUGGACUGUGACAUCACUAAGAUCCACGUUCAAGCUCAAGGAAUCGAGACAAGAACGAGUCCCAACUUCAGCUGGACGGAUUUCUUACACACUUCAGGAGUACGUGUUGAUCGAGUAGAUGACCUCCACGUGUUCCUGUUAGUGUGUGGACUCCGGAAAGUGAAGGAUCCUCUCUACCUGCUGAACGCCUUCUCAGAAUGGCAUGCCCAGAACCCUCUGGUGAUCCUCAUCAUCAUUGGCCCGAAGAUCGAUCCUGUACUUAGCUCAGAAGUUGAAGAAUGUGUGAAGAGAUCUGCUGGAGUAUUUUUAGCAGCGGAGAGGAAUCAGGAGGAACUUCACGCCGCCAUGAGGAAAUCAUUCGCAGUGGUCAACUCCUCCGUUUCUGAAGGCAUGUCCGCCGCCAUCUUAGAGGCCAUGGAUUUGUGUGUGCCGGUGUUAGCGAGGGAUAUUCCCGGGAACGCUGCAGUAGUCCAACACGAGCACAGCGGCCUGCUCUACACGUCCCCGGAGGAGUUUGUGCUUCUGUCCAAGAGACUGCUGGGUGACGAGGAACUGCAGAAGAACCUGAGGACCAACGGAAAACGUUACAUUAUGGAGAGACACGACUGUGUGAAAGAGAGAACCACGUACCAGCAGCUGGUGGAAAAACUGCAGUAAGGCUCGGACUUCACUGUUUUCUGGUUCACUCACAUGUCUCACAAGUUUGAGGAGAUUUUCUCAAAGAUCUCUUCUGUUUUUACAAAUGAUGGAUUUUUUAUACGGGUGUGAGAUCGUUUCAGGUUUACCGUAACAGGAGCAAUGAAGAAUUUCAGUAAGGGAAUUAAAAUCAAAAGGGUUUUUAUAAACGUUCGGUUACAAGAAAAAAAUUUUCAGUUUAUUUUUACGCAACAGGAAAGUCGUCUUCCAACGUAUGUGUGUGUGUGUGUGUGUGUGUGUGUGUGUUUGUAUUCAAUAGAGGAAAACGUUUUAAACCAAACGUCGGGGUCCAUUUUAUCCUAAGCAGCUAAAAAAAUACAAAGACGAUCAACUGCGUUCUUGAGCUUAUACACACAUAAGACGUAAUUCCACACGCGACUCGGUGCUAAUAUUAUAAUUAAUAAAACAUUUUUCAGACAUUUUCUGGUUAAAAUCUUUGCUCUAAGAUAUCAAUAUCAUUCACCUGUUAAGUACCUAAUUAGACCGCCAAGAACAGCUAACUUUAUGUUUUAGAAUAUUAGCAGAUAUAAUUAAUAUUCAUGUGUUAAUGUGAAAAAUUAUUGCAUGUAAAUAUAGAUAUCUUUAAUUUAAUAUUUUUAACCUCAAACUGGACAAUCAGAAAUAAUGACCAGGUCUGUAGAUUGUGUAUUCAGCGUCUCCUGUCCUUCGCUUGUCCCUUUAAAGGUUCUGUGUUAGAACCCAAAGGCAUUUUCUUCCAUGUUAAACUUUAUGUAUGUUUAAAUCCUUAAUUCUCCAACGAACCUUUAAAGAACCCUUCUUUUUUUUAAGUGUGUAUGUUUUUACAUGGGAAGUGUGCAGCACCAACUCCACACUGUUACUCAUUAUGGUCUUCUUAAUAUGUAGAACCGGUCAGGAGAUUAACAUGUAGUUCCUGGUUCCACUUUUUAGGAUGAAUGGUUGCUUAAAGUUGGAUAAUUUAGCAGGUUUAAGGUUUUAAUCUUUCAAAAUAAGAAAAAGACUUUUAUAGGCUUCUACCCAGAGGGACACCUGAAGAACCGGGUUUUCUGCAUUAAGACUGAAUGUAUCGUCCUAGGCGAUGUUUAUUUAUUUCUAAUAAUCCAGUUUGAAGUUGGGUUUAAAUGACUGUAUAUAAUGAAUAAAGUAUAUCGUUAAACGUAAUCAAUGUAAAAAGUGUUUCAUAUAAAAGUUAGAUAUUAACAGUGAUGUGAUAAUUAGGUGCAGAAUAGGAAUGUAAACGAGUCUGAAAACGUCUGAUUUCCAGUUUUUUUACAUGUAGUUUUACUGUUUUAUAUAAUGAACCGUUUACAGAAAUAUAAAUCCGUAUAAACCGUAUCGAAGGUUUUAUAGGAACUCAGACCUGUAACAUCAAUACGCUUCAUCAUUCUCAAACUGUGGCUCUGAAAUAGUUUUUAGGAAAAUCUUUACACACAGCAGGUUUUAAACUGAAUCACGGUUAUUGAUGUAAAUGCUGUAAAGGAAACGCUUUUUAAAAUGAUAUUUAUUCAUUCUUUUUCUGAAUGAAAUCAGGUCCUGAGUGUCUUCUGAAUUCACUGCAUGUUAAAAAUAAAGAGCUUUUUGCAUAAAAAAACAGGGA